GACUCUGGUGCUUUGAGCUCUCAUCGUCGAGUGCAGUAUUUCACCUUGAACUUACACUCGAUAGAACUUAUAUUACUGGAGGACGCUCUGGUAGUCAAGCGCCCUGGGAAUUGUCGAUUCAGCGGGCCACCACGGCCGGCGGUUUCAUCUAUUUGCAAUACAAAACCGUGGCCACAGGACGCGGUCUUGUGCAUAUUCAUCUUAUGGACGCUGUAGAGAAGGCGAACCUAGCACGGCAGAAGCGAUGGACGAAAGACCAGAAAGUUGGUGAGGGAACAUACGCUGUUGUUUACCGAGGCCGCGAAGCUGCUACCGGUCGCAAAGUGGCUAUAAAGAAGAUCAAAGUCGGGCAGCUUAAGGAUGGGCUUGACAUGUCCGCCGUUCGUGAAGUAAAGUAUCUGCGAGAGUUGCAUCACCAAAAUGUCAUUGAGCUCCUCGAUGUGUUCUCUUCGAAAGCCAACCUAAAUCUCGUCCUUGAGUUUCUUGACACCGACCUCGAGAUGAUAAUCAAAAAUCGCUCUCUUGUUUUCCUGCCAGCUGAUAUUAAGAGCUGGAUGGCUAUGACCUUCCGGGGCCUUGAAUUUUGUCAUCGUAAUUUUGUCUUGCAUCGUGACUUGAAGCCAAAUAACUUGCUUAUUGCCUCCGACGGACAACUCAAGAUAGCCGAUUUUGGUCUUGCGCGAGACUUCGCCGAUCCAGGGUAUAAAAUGACCUGCCAGGUCAUCACACGAUGGUACCGUCCACCAGAACUGCUCUUUGGCUGUCGUUACUACAGUACAGCUGUUGAUAUCUGGUCUGUCGGGUGCAUUUUUGCUGAGUUGAUGCUCCGGACACCAUACCUCCCCGGCGAAAGCGACAUGGACCAGCUGAAGACUAUCUUCCGCGCCCUCGGGACACCCACAGAAGAAGACUGGCCUGGCCAUACCAAACUGCCAGACUACGUCCCCGUUGGCCAGUUUCCUCGCGCGCCCCUUCGCGAACUCUUCACCGCUGCGAGUGCCGACACACUCAACCUCCUCAGCAAAUGUCUCAUCUACGAGCCGCGCAAGCGGAUCAGCGCCAAAGACGCCCUGAGCCAUCCCUAUUUCUUUGCCCUCCCCUACCCCUCACACCCUUCCAAGCUCCCAAGGUCUGUUCCCUUCGGCUCGCAAAAAGCCCUCGAGGAAGUCGACGGCAACGUCGAUUUCACGGGCGAUGGGCCCAAGGUCAAAGCUGCAGCCCCAGGAAGGCUCAAGCGGAAACUCAGUAAGGACGAUAUUGGCCGAAACAUUGCACGCAAGCUGGACUUUUCACAGUCGUGAUCAUAGUAGUGCAGUCGCGACUGAUUUCCCAGCAUGUUUUUUUGUAUCAGGGUUUAAAAGUCCCCGUUUCUCUGUACUUACAUUCUUUGUACGCAUCGAGCAGGGGCAGACUGAGGAACCAGACGGAAGUCUGGAGAAGUAUGUAUUUAUGCAACGCCACUGUAAACUAUGCAAUCAGAUGGGAUAGAGUUGACCGUACAAAGACAAGAGAAACCGACAACAAUGCAGAGAGACAUUCCAGACGAAAGCGCGAGUAUGGACACAACGGGGAAUAGGGAAAGGUGGCACUGCGUCACCCGACUAUUCUAUACCGAACCAAAAGCGAUCUAGAUAAAAACACGAGAUUGCGACUCCACCACCCGCUCGUCCUGUCGUAAGGACUCAGGCAUAUAUCAUGGCCGCUUGGCUUCACAGACCGUGCACUCAAUGGCGCUGCUGGGAUUGCUCAAAUUGCACAAUGAGCAUAUCCAAGUACCACCAGCUUUUGUGGGUGCCUUCAUGCCCGCAGCUGCCCAAUUAAACCCGCCGCUCGCCGGAGUCGGUGCAGUAGAUGGUCGUUUCGUUUCGCAAACACUACAAUCCUGCGCACUAUCCGGAUUGCUCAGCUGACAGAGUGAGCACGUCCAAGUUCCGCCGACCUUCACGGGCGCCUUCAUUCCAGCCGCCGCCCAGUUGAAAGGGGCGCCUAUGGAUGCGAUCGCACCAGAUGACGCCACAGCAUCCCUAUCUUUGGCAUCCCAAGAAAAUUUGAAUGCGGGCAGCGAGGUCGGUCCAAUAGCCUUGGCUGCAUCACGUUCUUUGUUGUGCUUCUGUGAGAUCUGGGUCGGUAUGAUGAAUGAAAACGAGGGCAGGGCUGAGCCGCGGAGUGCUCUGGCGGUAUCUUUGGGGUCUACCUUCGGUUUCACCAUGGAAGUCGAUGUUGUAGGCUGUGCAGAGAACUCAGGGGUAGGGAGAGCUGAGUGCGAAAGUUUUGGGGCAGGAGGAGGCGUGAAUGCAGACACAGGAAUAGGAGCGGGGCCCUUCAAAGUGAAGGAUGCCGGAGAGGCAGGAGCAGGGAUUGAAGGUUUCGCAGUAGGAGCAGGCUUAGGUACCGUGGUUUGGGCUGUCGAAAGGAAUGAGGAUGCCUUCGAUGGUGGAACGGACACGGCGAUAGGGGCAGAAACCUUCACUUCAGCAGGCUUUUCUUCCGUCUCUGCGGCGAACCCAAACCGCAACUUCGAGGGCUCCUUCGGCGCAGACGACUUCAAUCCAAACGCAGGUUUCGCCCCAAAAAGAGCGUGAGAAUUCGAGUUUGAGGGGGGGCCAGGUUUGGGAACGGGUGCAGGUUGUGGAGUGAAGGCAGAACUGGGACUUGAUGUGUCCAUAGGUUCGAUGAUCUCGGACGUCCGCGUAGCAGGCUGCGGCAUAUCAACAUCCUCGACCUCCUCGAUUGUGACUGCAUAUUGCUUCUGCCUCUUGGGGAAUGGGCGUUCGUCCUCUUCGUCUGGCACCUCCUCGAUGACGGGAGCGGUAGCUUUGUCCUUGGAAAUCUCAUUGGCACCAUUAGAUAUAACUUUCCCGGUAGACUUCGUGAGACGUGUGCUGCGACGAGGCUCCACAAAUUGAUUAAUUCCGUUGGCUUUCGGUGGAGAGGCGGUCUUCACCAGGUCAGGUGGUGGGCGUGCACGCUUCAUUCCCUUUGGGACCGUAGCCUCUACCAUCCUUUGUGGACUCAAUUUCUCAAACGCCUUCUCUUUCUCCAUCUCCUCCUUUUCUUUCUCCUUCUGCUUCCUCUCUUCAGAUGUCUU